CGCUCAUCUCACUGAAGAAAUAUUUUUCUUUUCGGAAGAAGAUCCCGACAAAGCGGCCCUAUUUCUUUUCAGUCACAAAAAGUCAAAUAAUCCGAAAACCGACGAUGUACGCCAGGACAAAUACCGGCAGCACACACGGAGACUUUCAGGAUCGAAACGGAGUGAAUUAUGUGACAUCGACAGAGACUUUCGGCCACUGCUCCCAAUUGUUCUGGAAAAAGGAUCCCAACGACUCCGGACCGAGCUCCACCAUCAGCUGGUGUGAUCAGCUGCCCUCAUCCUCAGCAGUCCUGUCCAGCUCCAGCCUGUCCUCAGCGUCUCUCUCCAGCUCCAGCCUGUCUCUAGUGUCCCGGGCUCCGGCCCCCCCGGCAGCCACGUCAGCGUCAGACGACAUGGAGUCAGACGAGAGGCCGUACGUGUGCGACAUGUGCACCUGCGCCUACAAGCACGCCAGCUCCCUGCUCAACCACAAGCUCACCCACAAGAUCGGAGACUUCAGGUGCGACUUUUGCAGCAAGCCCUACACCAACUACAUGUCCCUGCGCAAUCACAUGCGGAUCCACGGUCAGAAGCGCUACAUGUGUGACCUGUGUGGGAAGGCCUUCCGCCUGGCCCGGUACCCUCCGCAACCACCAGAGGAUCCACGACGACGGGCCCAACCGCUUCGACUGCCCCUCCUGCUGCAAGAGCUUCAGGACCAUGCUGGAGCUGGCCCAGCACCGCUGCACUGCCGCCGCCAACACCAGCCAGUCCGGAGCUACAGGUGGAGGUGGGGCUGCUGGUGUUGGUCGUCGUGCCAACUACUCCAACCGCCGUCAGCAGCAGCAGCUGCAGCAGCAACAGCAGCAACAGCAGCAGCAGCAGCAGAACAGCGCUAACCCCAUGAUGCAGCCUCAGCACGGGGGACACGGCCAGCAGGAACCUCUGCCCCCCCACUGCGUCUCCCCCAUGUCCCAGGGAGGCGUGGGCAGCCAACCGGACCCCCACCAG